AUGGCCAAACGCAUCCUCCUCAUCAACGGGCCCAACCUCAACCUGCUCGGCACGCGCGAGCCGCACAUAUACGGGUCGACGACGCUCCCAAUGGUGGUCGAGCAGGCCAAGCAGCAGGCGGCGGGGCUGGGCAUCGAGGUCGAAGACUACCAGUCGAACUGGGAGGGCGCCCUCCUCGACCGCAUCCACGAGGCCCGCGGCAAGGUGGACGCUGUCGUCAUCAACCCGGGCGCCUUCACCCACACCAGCGUCGCCCUGCGCGACGCCCUGCUCGGCGUCGGCCUGCCCUUUGUCGAGGUGCACAUCACAAACGUCCACAAGCGCGAGCCCUUCCGCCAGCACAGCUACCUCAGCGACAAGGCCGAGGCCGUCAUCUGCGGGCUGGGCACCUUUGGCUACACGGCGGCCAUUGAGUUCGUGGCGAAGCAUUUGAAGCUGAAUUGA